UAUAAAGAGACCAAAGUGCCUUCAAGACAAGACAUAUUAACGGCUUUGGGGAAUUAUUGUGUUAUCGGGGUAGCCGAUAUAGCUCUUCAAUUUUGUUGAACGUCGACAGAACUUAUUUAUGGUCAGUUGACAAGGUUCUGUGAGCGACGAGAUCUCGGGAAGGAGAUCAUGGAAUACAUGAACGAUAAAUUCGCAUUGAAAAGUCAAGCGAUUAAGGGCAGCGACUACUACAUGGGCUCUGGCGGCGCGCUGGACCAAGUUAUGGAGAGUUUGGACAGUGUGCAGUACUACAGCAAGACGUCGCCCAAGUGUGUGCAGGCCUUCGGGAUACAGAGCAGCGAGCACCACUCGCGAAUGGAGCGGUCCUCGCCUUGCGGAGACCAACACGCGAAUUAUGGUGUCCAGAAAACGGAAGAUACCUUGCACGCGGACCUUGGAAGGUCGAUCGACAACUGUUGCAAUCUGAGGGCCUCGCCGGUAACGGCGUGUCAGGAGAAAACGGAUUUGGACGAAAUGGGUGACAAGUGUGACAGUAACGUAUCGAGCAGUAAGAAGAGGCGACACAGGACGACAUUCACGAGCGCACAGCUGGAGGAGUUGGAGAAGGUGUUUCAGAAAACUCAUUACCCAGAUGUUUAUGUGAGAGAACAGCUGGCGAUGAGGACGGAACUAACCGAGGCCAGAGUGCAGGUGUGGUUUCAAAACAGAAGAGCCAAGUGGAGAAAAAGAGAACGUUAUGGACAGAUUCAACAGGCAAAAAGUCACUUUGCAGCCACAUACGACAUAUCAGUGUUGCCAAGAACAGACAGUUACUCACAGAUCUCCAACAACCUGUGGCCCAGCCCUGCUCCCAGUGGCUCUGUGGUCUCCUCCUGCAUGCUCCCCCGUGGAUCUCCCCCAUGUGUCACCUCGUAUUCCCACUCCCCCCGCUCCGCAGCCGACCACGGGUAUGUGGGCUUCCCCAACCAGCAGAACCAGUUUGGACACGUCUCCCUCAACAACUUCUUCACGGCCGACUCCCUCCUCACGCCCUCGCCCAACGGACACCCAUUUGAGACCAAGCCCGAGUUUGAGAGACGCUCGUCCAGCAUUGCCGUGCUGCGGAUGAAGGCUAAGGAACAUGCGGCCAACAUAUCCUGGGCCAUGUGAUUGUGAAUGUCUCUUCUGCAUGUCCAGCCAGCUGACUGACUCACAGCCUCUCUAACUUUAGCAUUACUACUGCGCACGUUUAUAACCCCCAAUGUUGACUGACAGUAAUCUGACUGUGACACUGAUUGAUUGAAGAGGACCUACAAAAGUCAAAAUAAUGUAGGCCUAGAUGCUGAUAACUGACUGGUUGUCUCCGAGACUGGAGAGACAUGAAGCCUCUCCAUGGACUCAACAAACUGUGAACCUGUUGGUCAAAAGAGUCAAAUGUCAGAGGAGAUUAACUGCUUCAAGGUUUAAAGGUCUGCUCAUCGAGGUUGAGCAGUGCAUUUCAGUUCACAACAUACCAACACACAGAUGAAACUUACUUUCAGGUUAACACCCGAUGUUAAACAAUGCAUUGCUGAAAAUGUACCCCUCUGUGACUUGAAAACUCUGAGCCGGUUUGAGCACUCCAUUAAGAGUGGCGCAGCGGUCUAAGGCACUGCAUCUCAGUGUUAGAGGCGUCACUACAGACCCUGGUUUGAUUCCAGGCUGU